GAUAAAAUUGUUUCCUCCUUUUUGUCUACGGACACGUAGCGAGCACGUUGUAUUUGGUGUAGUUUUAGGAAUAAAACUAUAAAAAUGUCGUCCCAUCUUAACUGGAUGAUCAUCCGCAACAACAACGCCUUCCUUGUGAAGAAGCGCAAUAUCAAAAAGCCAUUCAGCAAGGAGCCGAACAACGUAACUAACCUCAACUCGUACAAAUACAAUGGCUUGAUCCACAAGAAGGCCGUCGGUGUGGUCGAGAACCCAGACAGGAAAGGCUUCACAGUUGUAUACAAGAAGGCCAAAGCCACAAACAAGCCCGUCAAGAACUUGGUGCGCCGCCCAUUCAAGGCUGGAGCCAGGCGGUCCCUGUACAAGUUGAGGAGGUUGCUCAAAGCCAACAGCUACCGCACUGACCUGUGCAAGGCAUCCCUCCGUCGUGCCUCAGCGAUCCUUCGUUCUCAGAGACCCAUCAAGGCGAAGAAAGCUAAAGCCGCUGCUGCCAAGACGGAAUAAAUUUGUAUGUAAGCUGAAAUAAAAAGUUAAAAACCUCA